AUGAGAGAAUAAAAUAAUGCCGUAAAUCCAGAUAGUAAAGAUUUCAAUAAAGUUUUAGAAGAAAGAUUUAAAACUAAAGAUAUGGAAACGAUAACUCAUGCAAUUUUAAAUGAAGCAAAUUUAAUUAGCGGAUAAAUAUUUUAAUUAUGGCAUAAGUAUCUUGAUUUAUAUAAAAUAUCUCCUUUGUACUGUCAAGCUUUAUUGAGAUUUGAACAUUAGGAAAAAAUGAAGGAAAGAAUGAAUAUUUUUAUUAUAAAAUAAAAAAUACUGAAUAAAAAUUUUUUCAAAGUUCAUGAAUAAAGCUUAGUUGAAUAAAACUAAAAAGAGACUGAUAAAAGGCGUCCUUUGUUAUCUAAAUAUUGUUAAAUAUAUAAUAUAUUUAUUAAUAUAUAAUAAUAUUAAAAAAAGACUGAAUGUGAUAAUUUAACAACAGAAAACGGGAACAUAUACUAUAAAGGAAUUCAUUUAUUUGUUUUAGUACACGGUUUCCAAGGAAAUGCAUUUGAUAUGAAAUUAUUAAAAAACUAUAUCAACUAUUGUCAUCCCGAAGCAAUGUUUUUGUGUUCUUAAUAAAAUGAGGAAAACACAGAAGGAGAUAUAGAAGAAAUGGGAAAAAACUUAGCAAAUGAAAUAAUUACAUUUAUAUAAGAUAAUUGUAGUGGUGAAAAUUUAGGAAGAAUAAGUUUAAUUGGAUUUAGUCUAGGAGGAAUUAUAGUAAGAGCAUCAUUAACACAUUUAGAAGAAUAUAAAACUAAAAUGUAUACUUUUAUAAGUUUAUCUUCUCCUCAUUUAGGCUUUAUGUAUAAUUCUAAUAAAAUUAUUGAUGCAGGAAUUUGGAUUUUAAAAAGAUGGAAAAAAAGCUUAAGCUUAUAAUAAUUAACAAUGACUGAUUAUAAAAAUAUAUAAUAGACUUUCUUAUUUAAACUUUCACUUUCAAAAGGGUUAGGUUGGUUUAAAAAUGUUUGCUUAGUUUCCAGUUUUUAAGAUAGUUAUUCACCUUUCGAUUCUGCAAGAAUUGAAACGACUAAAGAAGCUAUGAAAGAUGCUGGGUUUAAAAAAAAAAAAAAUCGUUAAUUAUAAAUAUUUUUUUAAUUUAAAAGAAAUGGAAAACUUUAUAAUGAAAUGUCUUAAAAUAUUUUAAGUUAAUUAACUACAAAUUAAUUAUAUAGAUUAGAUGUUCAUUUUGAUAUUUAAGAAAAAAAUAUUGAUACUUUAAUUGGAAGAGCAGCACAUAUAUAAUUUAUUGAAUGUUAAUAACUUAUUAAAAUUCUUGUAUAAAGCUAUGAUAUGUUUUUCAGAUGA